UUAGUUCAAACUUCAUUGGAAUUUUACACGCAAAUAUAAAUCAAGUGUACUUUUGUAUAUUAUUAAGAGUGGUGCAACGACGCAUGUGCAUUUCAUUGUUAAAUUGUUAAAGUCGAAGCUGUCCAAAUUUAUUGUUUUUAUUACGCACUGGAGUGGGUGCAUAUUGUGUGGGCGCGUCGCUCCACCGAGAGGCUGUUUGCGAUCGCUUUACUCAUACUGCUACCCUUUUUGCUACCCUCUGCAGCACAUGAAAUUUUUGGGCUAGCCCUAGGACUAGCCGUCAGUCAGCCGUCAACCUGUCUGUGCCUGUGACCCCUAAACGGAAUAUUCUCGUAAAUCGUUUGUGGGUGCAAGAGCCGGAGUCGUAGCUGGAGACGGACUUGAAGCUGGACCUGGAGCUGAUGCUGGUUGACUGAUAACUUAUUGGAUUGGGAAGCGAAGCUGUUCAAGCUAUAGUUGCUGUUUGCCGCAUCACGCAUUACGCAUCAUCAUCAUCAUCGUCGUCCAAAAGAGCUAUCUCUCUCUUAAUUGGCUUAGUCCCCGGAACGCAGCAGCUCGCUGUCGCUUGUUUGGCCAGUGAACGCGUGAAAUGGGUGCGCGGCAGCACGUCGAAAGGAAUAGGAUCAUCAGCUCAGUGUAUUAGUGAGAUUCAAGGAGCGGACAAGACCAGAAGAUACGCGUUUUUCUUGUACGGAGACAAAUCCCCGAGGAAGCGACAAUGAGUCAAGCCAAUGAGCCAGAGCCGCCACCAGCGAGGGCCAAACCAAAGGCGGCGAGAUGUCGAAAGAGACGCCAGCGCCGGAAACGGCAGAUCGCCUACCUGGCCAUAUGCAGUCUGAGCGUGGCAGUAUUUGGAUUCGCGCUGGCCACGCUGAUAAGGCCAGCGGCUGGCGCCACCGGCGGUACCACGUCUGGAAAAGGUAAAAAAAGUGAGGAACGCAAUCCCCAGUUGGAGUGGCGAGCGGGAUACGAGGGUCAUGGCACCACCCACGAACAGAUGGGGGAGUUGCAUUGGGCACCGGUUGAUUACACCGAUUACAAGACAACGGUUAACUUCACGCGCGUACCCCCACCAACCACAAAUUCCAUGAAUCCAAUUUUCAACUUUACGCACUUUAUAUACGAUCACUUAAUCACCGAUGAGCCGGCCCUGCCACCGGGCUACAUUGUGAUGCAGGGCGACACACUGGCACUUGGUCCCAAGUUUCAGAAUGCCGACUUUCGAGAUCUUAUAUCCCGCUAUUGGUUGGUUCUCAUGUGGAUACUCUUCCUCAUCGUCAUCAUUGUGAUCAUGCCGUUCGUAGCAGUCUGCUAUUGCUGCUUUUGUUGCUGUCGCCGGUGCCGGCAAGGCUGUCCCCCAUGUACCAGUAAGGCGGAUGCCGCUCGGCGGUUAUGGUGCGGCAUUUGUCUUCUUAUCCUCAUAGUGGGACUGAUCUUUGGCAUUGUUAUUGCCUUUGUGACAAAUAGGCUGCUGGACAGGGGCUUCGAUCAGGCCACCUCGACAAUGCAACGCGGCACCGAUGACAUUUGCAUGUUCCUGAAGGAUGUGGCCGAUCACGUUCACCAUCUGAUGGUGUAUAACUACGAGGAAAUGCAAACGCACAUUACCGAUGAGCUAAGCAAUGCCCAUAAGCAUAUAUUUUUGGACUUGGCGGAUACAUCGGAGAGCACCUCGUUGGGCGAGCUGGAGCGUAUAUUGCACAACAUUCCGGAGGCGGCCAAAGUGAUGAAACAAGUUGCCAAAAUGGAAACGGAUUUGCGCUUCUAUGGAGCUCAACUGCGCGACGGUCUUCGUGGCAUGAAGCGUGAUAUAAACUUUGCAGUGGCCAAUCUGUGCACCACACAGGAAUGCCAGACCUUCCUUAGCACCAGCAGCAUUGAGUCGAUUGACACCUCCAAGUGUCUGCACUUUGAUAAGAUUCCGAAUGCCACGUUAUAUCAGGAAGGACUGGACGAGGUUGUUAAGAAGAACUAUGUCAAAAUCCCCACGGAGGGACUCGCCCGCUUGGAGAAAAUCAGCCUGAAGGUUAAGGAGCAAUUGAGCUUUGUUACACCGGGUAUGAUACGUGACCUAAACGGCGGUAAGGAUACCUUCCGAACGCAAGCGAGGAAAAUACGCAAUCAAGUGGAUGCCGUGCUCAGUGACAUUCAUCUGAAGACCGCACGCUCAUCCAGGUCCUUUGAUGAUGUAUACGAUAAGUUUGGCAGAGAUCGCAGCGUUAUCAGCGUCGUUGUGUGCCUGCUCAUGAUAAUGAUUCUUUUCAUCUUGAUUGUAUCAUUGAUGUGUGGCUGCUUCGGGAGACGAAAGACUGGCUAUCGCGAUGACUGCUGUAGCAGGGCAACGGCUGCCAACUGUCUGUUUCUGGCCAUUUUAUUGAUAUUCUGUCUGAUAUCGUUCAUCACGCUUAUGGGAUUGCUCUACUUCGUGGUCGGUCUAGUCACUUACCAGGGAGCCUGUGCCCCGCUCCGAGAUGUGGAUAAGAACGGGUUGUUUAGGCAGCUGGACUCUAUGAUCGAUCUGAAUCGCUAUCUGCCGGGAGCUGAUGGAGAAUCUCCGAAAGCAGUCCCACCCCUGCGUAUGUCGAAUGCGCUCAAGAUGUGCGAGGCCAAUCAGUCGGUAUUCGAUAUGCUGCGUGCAAACAGACUGUACGACAUCAACGAUAUAACGCGCAUCAAGGUGAUGACUUCAACUGACGAAGAUGGAGACGGGGUCAAAGUAUUCGACGAGGAUCUAUCUAAAGUUGUGCUCCUAACAGAAGAAGAUAUCGAGAAGCUGAAUGAAAUGCGUUUAGGCGGUGCGAGCGAUUAUCACAGCGAACUGUUUAAAGAUCUAUGUAGUGAGUUCACGCCGGUCAAUCUGAAUGCACUUGGGGAGAAAUUGUACGCGCUGUCAAACAGCUUGGAGUCACCGACGUUUGGCUGGGCCCGAGUCUCCUUCUGGAAUGAGGGACUCAACGCCAAGUCGUACUAUCAGAACUUUGUACCCAAGCUAACGGGCAUGGUCCAGAAGAUAAAAACCAACCUGAAGCAUCUCGACGAGCUGCUCUUAUAUCAAAAUCAAGACUUUAACAAAAGUAUAAGCACGCUACUCGAGGCCGUGAAUAAGUCACAAACGUUCAUCCAGAACGAUGGAAAGAACUAUAUCAAUACACUGGGAAAGAACCUCACCGCCACCAUUGAGGAGAUGAUCACGGAGUACAUCAACAUGGUCAUCAACGAGUCCAAUGAGAAUGUCGGGCGCUGUGAGCCCCUUGCCUACAUUUAUCAUCAAGGCGUUGACUUGGUUUGCAACAGCGUGGUCGAUCCCAUAAACGGAUUCUGGGUGGGCGUGCUGAUCUGCGCCCUGCUCUUCCUGCCCAUCCUGUAUGUUUCUCACCGACUGAUGUGCCUGUACAAGAAGGUCUAUCCAUAUAUGGCUGCUGUCGCCAGCGAAGUUUAUCAGGGCGGCAACGAAUCCCUAUACGACGCUUAUAGCGAGCGCGGGCGCGAGCACGUUCCAUUGGCUAACGUGCCAAAGAAACGGCGCAAGGCCUACGAAAGACGUCGCGAGCAGCAGGAAUACUAUGAGGACGCAUCGCCUAGUGUGUCGCGUGCCACUCGUUCUGGUGGUGGUGGUGGUGGCGGCGGUGGUGCCGGCGCCAGCGGCGGCGGCGAUGGAGCUCCUGGCAGCAGUAGCAUGAGGCACUGGGACCACGAGCCGCCCCGCUAUCACAAUCCACCAGCUGCGCCCCCAUCCUCUGAAUACGAACGCCCACCGCCAUACUACUAUCCGGGCGCCUCCGAGCAGGACUAGGCGUGGCACUAUAUGGAAGGAUACGAAAACACAAGGCGGCGCCACAUGGUGUGAAUGCAGAGUUGGUCGGGACAGCUUUAGAGAAGUGGUGGCGACAUGCAAGAUUUUUUGAUUUGAAGUCCCUCUUCGCUCUUUCCUUUCCCUUUACUCAUCCCUGCGUUACUGAGACUGUAAUUUUAGUUAAAAACUUGAAACAAAAACAAACAAAAAUAAGUGAAAUUAUAUAAUUUGAUUAAGGAUUAUUGUAUUUAGCAUCACAUGUGUUAUAGUUUUGGCCCCGCCCGACCAGACUUGACCAGACCAGAGAUCUAUCUGCCAAUAAGAGACAGAGGGCCAAGGCAAAAUAAAAAUCGUUUAGAAGAGUAGUGUUCGAAGAUAACUUUUAAAAUGUGGCCAAAAGUUGAGAUCUGGAAAAGAGAGUUAGACGAAUUCGAUGACGAUGAUUGUCACAGUCGGAGCAUUUAAUCUCCCCCGAACUCUCCAAGGAGAGGCAAUAGAAUAGGCUAGGGGCUAGAGCAGGCAGGCAAAAGAUCUGAUGGAUGGUUGAUGGAUGUGAAUUUGCCUGGCUGCGAUGCUGACAGGACGUUUUAAGGAAUCUCAUAAUUUUAUUAUGCACGCUGUCCAGAGAGGCCAGAGGCAAGAGGUACUGAAAAAAAAGUAAUACCGAUUUCACACUUCCCCCGCCGAUUGGGGAAACGGCAAAUUUCCGGUAAAUCAAAAAGCAAGAAAAAAAUAAUAUGAAACAAAAUGAAAACUGCCAUUUUAAUUUAGAGCGAGCAGCACGAAAAAUCGAGAUAUAUAUUCUAUGCAUUUAAUGUAUUUGUUUCAGAAACAACAAACAACAACUGAUAACGCAUAUUUACGUUUUAUUUAAACUGACAGAAAUAUGCACACUCAAAUACCAAUAAUAUAUGUAGAUUCCGAUACAGAUUGCAGAUACAUACAUAAGCAUAUUAUACAGAUACACAAAUGUAAUACACGUAUUUGAAGACGUUGUCAUAGUUUAGUAAGUGAAAACCAAAAGUAAAACCAGCCCUAAAGCAUUUAAAUGUUUCCAAUGGUAUUAGAACCUAAUGCGAUCUGUAUGUUUCCAAAAAUAUAAACAAUAUACACACAAAAAUAUACACAAUCUAACAACAAUACAAACAUACGAACACACACCACACUCACGCUAGUAUAUGUAUUGAUUACAUAAAUUAAUUAAAUAAUUUUAGUAUUAUACGAUUAAGUACGUACCACGUAUGUAUGUUGUAUUUUAUAUUUGACGUACAUUAAAUCAAAUGAUUUUUGCUUAAGUCAAAACUAACCACGUAUCAAUAUUGCCGUGCGCAAGUAAAGUACAUACUCGUAUACCGAUUAAGAUCGAUCCACGAAAGUGAUUUACCCAAUCCCCCCCAAUCCCAAACUCAACCCCAAACCCCCAGUUGCCAGGCUAUCAUCGAACUUCGUUGAUGUUUGCCUUUGUCGUUUACAUAACUUUGCCAAUAAAUUUCAAAUGGUUUUAUGUAUGUA